AGACCUUUAGAUACCAUUGCGAGUCAGUGAACGCGAGGUACGUGUAGUGGCACGUUCAGCUGUCAUUGAUAACUCCAGAAGUGUAUGUGAAUAGGUAAUCUUUUCUGUGAAAUAUUCGUAUAUAUGAAUUUAAAUAUUUUAAGAUUAUUUAUCAGUGACAAAUCCUAACAGGGGAUUGCGUUACCUGUAGUUAACUGAAAAUUAACUGAAUUGGAAACGCUUUCAAAGACUGCAUUCUGGACAGUUCCCGUACAUUGAGACAAAAUGAAAACGGAACAAACGACAAUAAUACCAAUCCUAACACUAUUACUGGCACAGAAUAGGCCAUCGGUGGCACAAUUCGUGCCGGGAUUCCUAGUGGAAUCUGGCACUGACUUGCAAGAAUGGCCGAGAAACCUCUCGUCUUUAUUCCCGGAGAAUCCCUCGCCCGAAGAACAGCAGGACUACUACGCCAACGCAGUCGCUAGUCUGGUCGGCGCAGGGACAAUCGCAGCGCCUCUCCCUGAUCACAAUCCCGUGGAGGACGCGCUCAAGGGGCAGGUGAAGCCCAACGACCUCCAUUCCCCAGAAUACCCAGGCCAAGGGGUUUAUCCAAACGGCACGGCGAUCCCGAGAGAGGAAGCAGUGAACCUACACUCCGAUCCCGGUGGGGAAGAUGAAUGCAGAUUUGUGGCGUUUUCUGUGGCUCGCGCCCACUACAAGCACAGGAAAGCUGGCACUGAAGGCGUCCAAGUUCUCUUUGAUAAGGUUCUAACCAGCGUAGGUCCCGGAUUUAAUCACACCGGAGGCUACUUCCGUUGUGAAUGCCCAGGGUACUACUUGUUCUCGAUUCAUGGGGUUUCACCACUCCAAGGACGCGCCAGACUGGACCUCAUGCGAAAUCGACAACGAGUGACGUCAUCGGAGGCCCAAUACUACGGCUUUGGCUCGGCGGCAAACACCGCCAUCAUUUACGUCUACAGGAACGACAUCGUGUACGUAUACCUGGCGGAGGGGCUGCUGUAUGAGAACGACGCUCGCUUCAGGGGUUACGCUUCCUUUACUGGUUAUAAGAUCGGCUAAAAGAGAUAAGAGGACGUUAAAGAGACAGGGGUCAGAGAGAAGAGGGAGGAAGGUUUGCUCUCGGGAUUUUAGGUGAGGCGAGGCGGAGGAUUUCAGUAAAAAAAAGAAAUAAAAGGAUGGAAGCAUAUAUGAAGGGACGCCGAUAGACUUCACAGAAUGAGAAGGGAGGGAGAUAGAACUUUAAGGUUGUCGGUGAAAGUUAUUAAAUUGAAAAUAAACUACAAGCUGUGAGAAAUAAUCGCAGAAACAUGAAUGCGUCAUCAGAAAUUCCACUAUUAUUUUAAGCCUUAGUCGGACAAUAUGUAGAAAAGCGGUUAAGUCUUUGAUCGUCCUAUGAGACUUUUCCAAUCGUUUCAAGACUUUGAAGGAAUUCCUGGCUUAGUUGCUGCUGCAAAGGUGCAAAUAGGCAUUCAAAAUCACCUAACAGCUGCAAUCAUCUGUCUGUCUCGCAUGAUCGUCAUCAAGUAUUAGUCAUGUUGUAACUGUGCAUGACAUUAUCUGUAUGUGGUUAUUUAAAC